AUGACUUCAUUAUAUAAGAUACCUGCCGAGAUUUACACUGGGUACAAUACAGGGGCAUUUGAAGUAGGAAAAUUUUCAUUCGCCGGAACCGGUAUCAGUGGCUCUUAUCAACAAGUAAUAAACGAAGCCAACUCGAGAACACAAGUCUCCGAGGCGGCAAAAUUAGAACGGAAAACGUACUUGUAUCGUGCCUACAUAGCUCAGGGAAAAUACAAUAUUGUCAUUUCCGAGGUUAAAGAUUCUGACGCUGUCGAAUUACGAACGGUGAAACUGCUAGCUGUGUAUUUACAAGCAAAAGCGGCGGGACAACUAGACUCCAAACGCGAGGAAACUUUAAACGAACUUUCCGAGUUGUUAAAAGAGCCGGCAAACAGCUUGAACUCGACCAUACAAAUCAUUUCCGGUACUAUUUAUUAUCAUGAGGGAUUGUUGGAGGAUGCGUUAAAAGUCUUGAUGAAGAACAAUAAAAACUUGGAAUGCGUUGCCCUAAUUAUCCAAAUCUAUCUUCAAAUGGAUCGUGUGGAUCUAGCAAAACGAGAGCUCGCUGCUACAAAAUCAUGGGCUGAAGAUGCGAUGCUCGCGCAAUUGAUUGAAGCUUGGGUAGGCCUUCGAACGGGAGGUGACAAAUAUCAAGAAUCUUAUUACAUCUAUGAAGAGAUUGCACAAUCACCAUCUUCAAAUACAGUAAAAAUAUUGAAUGGGCAAGCUGUUUGUCAUAUUCAUCUUGGUAGAUAUCCAGAGGCUGAAGGAUUACUAUUGGAAGCGCUAAACAAGAACAACGACGACCCUGAAACUCUCGUAAAUCUGAUAGUCGUCUCCAAUUUAUCAGGAAAAUCAUCAGAUGUGGUAAACCGGUACACCACACAAUUGAAAGAGGCUUCACCAAAUCAUCCCUUCUUACAAGAUCUUGAUCUCAAAAAUAGUUUAUUUGAUCGGGCAGCUCAAAAAUUUGUACUUGCAUAA